CCCCAUUCUUAGGCUUUUUACCGAACCAGGGGUGGGGAGCCGACUUUAUUGUUUCUAUCGCUGAUUGCCGCUUUAAGGUUAGGGUUUAGGAAGGGACGUCCCAAGGACCCCAGAUAGUACAAACCACGAUUAUGCCGAGAUUUGCUGUUUUGAAGUCAGCUGAUGUUAAAACACCCCGUAUUCACAAAGACACAGACAUCAUCCAUGGAUUCUGCAAUUGAAAAGCACUGUUCAGAGCUUGUAGCCCGUGAGCGAAGCGGUCAUACGGCUCUAAUUGAGAGAAAUGUCCUGUACGUGUGGGGAGGCUACGUGUCAAUUGCUGAUGAUGAAGUUUUCCUACCCAAUGAUGAAAUCUGGUUAUAUGACUUAGAAAGAGGUGUAUGGGAAAUGUGCAAGAUGUCGGGAGAGGUCCCGCCCCCAAUGUCAGGCACCUGUGGCUGCUCUCUGAAUGGAGACAUGUACAUAUUUGGGGGAUGCGAUGACAACGGCCAGACCAACCAACUUUACUGUGUCAAUCUCCUGGAUGGAAAAUACACUUGGAGGAAAGUUAACCAUAAGAGUGGCUCCCCUCCCUCACCCAGAGAUAAGCUCUCUUGCUGGGUUUUCAAUGGCAGGCUCAUCUACUUUGGUGGAUAUGGUCAUAAGGAACAUGAUGACAUCAAUAACAACAGAAGCUUCCUUAUGGAUGAGGCAUCAUGGGUGGAUGACAUCUAUUGGGGAUGGAACAAUGAAGUCCAUAUGUUUGACCCAACAUCGGCCAGUUGGAGUGAACCACAUACCAGUGGUUGUGCACCUGAGCCCAGAGCUGCCCAUGCCAGUGCAACACUUGGCCACAAAGGAUAUGUAUGUGGGGGCAGAAUAAGGGAAACCAGGACAAGUGACAUUCAUUGUCUAGAUCUAGAAUCAUGGACAUGGUCCGAAAUAGUACCAGCAUCCAAUGUGCCAGUGGGAAGGUCGUGGCACACCCUCACUGCAAUAUCCGAUAGCAGUUUGUUUCUAUUUGGAGGACUGAGUUUAGACUGCAAACCAAUGAGCGAUUGCUGGGUAUUUGAUGUUGGGACGAAGAAAUGGAGAGAGUUUGAGCAUCCAUACAUGAACAAACCAAGGUUGUGGCACACAGCAUGCCAAGGGAAGGACUCUGAUGUCAUUGUGUUUGGGGGUAGUUGCGACUACAUCCUCCUAGUAGACACAGGUCACUGCAAUGAUGCACUUGUUUUCCAGAUCCAGCCCUACCCCCUCUUUCGGAUAUGUGAGGAUUACAUAGCCAAGAAUGUGAAGAACUGCAAGAUGCUUGAAAAACAGCUUCCAUUUGUGCCCCCAAAACUACUGCCAUCUGUACAGAGGAGAAUGUCAUUUUUUCGGACAACUAGGAAAAUAUAGCAUUGUCAGAUGUAAAUAUUAAGGGAAAUGUUCAAUAGUAGACUACAGUAAACUGAUAACGCAGAGUUCAGACUCUAUGUUCCACAUAUUACUGUUGAUAAGGCCUUCAUAGUAUGUGGGGAGAUUUGUCUUGCAAAACAUUAUUGAUUUAUUGUAAAUGUUUUACAGUUUAUUUUACAGUGCAUUCGGAAAGUAUUCAGACCCCUUGACUUUUUCCACAUUUUGUUACGUUACCAACCAUCUCUGCA